AUGAUCGCCUUCCCAGCCGCAUAUGCUUACGUCUACCUCUCCCCAUCUAGCGCAAAGAAGGCGGCCCAGGAACAAGGGGGAACCAUCAAGCACGAGUUCACUCUCAUCAAGGCGUUCACCGUUGAAUUCCCAGAGGAGCAAGUCGGUAUCCUCGAGAGCAACCCCCACAUCCAUGUCGAGAAGGAUCAAGAAGUCAGGAUCCAGUGA